CUUCCUGUUUGACAUGUGGACUUUGCACAAGGGUGGUAACAGGAGAGGAAAAUAUAUCCAACCGUAAUUUUUUCUUAGGUGCAUUAUCUUGAAGAUGAAGUUUGAGAAUGUGCUGGCAGAGGUGGACGGCUUUGGGAAAUUUCAACUAAUGACAAUCUUCUUGAUGGUAAUACCUCGUGUGACUUUGCCUUUUCACUUUCUGAUGAAUAAUUUCAUCGCAGUUAUUCCCUCUCACCACUGCAACAUCAGCUCUCUGGAUGACAGAGCAGUUUUUAAGAAUUUAUCCCAGGAAGAGAGGCUUGUUGUUGGUAUUCCAGUCCAGGAGGAUGGGACUCCAAACUCCUGUCAGAUGUUUGCAGAGCCUCAGUAUCAUCUGCUGCUGAACUCCUCCAGCAUGACUGAACUACCAACAGUGCCGUGUCAAAAUGGAUGGGUCUACGAUAACAACAUCUUCAAGUCUACUCUGGCCACAGAGUGGGAUCUGGUUUGUGAUAAAAGAAGAAUGAACAGAGCCACAGCCUCUAUCUUCUUCUUGGGCGUCAUGUUUGGAGCAGCUGCAUUUGGAUAUCUUAGUGACAGGUUUGGCAGGAAGAGAACGCUUCUGAUCUCCUACAUGUUAACCACCGUCUUUGGAUUUGCAAGUGCUUUUUCAUACAAUUUCACCUUGUUUGCUGUCAUGAGGUUUCUCACUGGAUUUGGAAUUUCUGGAGUCAACAUAAUCGCCAUUGUCCUUUGUAUUGAAUGGGUGGACAUCAAGCAUCGAACAGCAGUUGGCAUUUUAAUGAGCCUGGACUGGAGUAUUUUUACGACUCUGCUUCCUGUUGUGGCCUAUUUUGUGAAUGACUGGAGGGUCCUCACUGCCACAGCAACCUCCCCGCUAAUUCUAGCAAUGAUCACAUGGUGGUGGGUCCCUGAGUCUGCCAGAUGGCUGAUAAGUAAUAGAAAGCUGAAAAGUGCUCAUUUUUACCUGAACAAAUGUGCAAAAAUCAACGGCAGAGAGCAGUUCAUGGCUGACCUGAAGCCUGGGGUUCUGUCCGAGACUACUGUAUUAAAUAAAGAAACCAGAAAAUAUUCGUAUUUGGACCUCAUAAAGACACCCCAAAUGAGGAGACUGACUCUUCUUACUGGCAUCUUGUGGUUUGGCGUGUCUUGUACAUAUUAUGGAAUCAGCUUAAAUGUUGCUGGGUUUGGUGUGAAUAUUUUUGUCACACAGUUCAUUUACGGCGUGAUUGAAAUUCCAGCAAAAAUCUUCAUCUGUUUCACAUUGAAUAAAAUAGGCCGAAGGAUGAAUCAGGCUGGCACACUUGUCCUGACUGGAUUGUGUAUAUUCUGCAACAUUUUUAUUCCUCAAGAAAUGACUAUCUUUCGGACAACUGUGGGAACUUUGGGAAAGAUGUUUGCAGAGGGAGCUUUUACAAUGGUGUUUCUGUACACAUCAGAGCUUUACCCUACAGUAAUAAGGCAAAGCGGAUUGGGUUACAGCUCCUUCAUGGCCCUCACAGGUGUGUCUGUGUCCCCUCUGAUCAUGGUUCUUGAAGAACUGUGGCUCCCUCUACCGGGUAUUGUCUUCUCCUUGGUGGCCUUUGCUGCAGGGCUGUCAGCUUGUUUACUUUCAGAGACACACAAUAGCCGUUUACCAGAAACCAUUGAAGAUGUGGAACAGACAAGGGCGAUCAGUCCGGACAUCUGAAGAGACUUCUUCUGUUAAUUCAUUUUUUAUUAGAUAUUGGAAGAUUAUCGAUUUUAAAUAAAGAAACUGUAACAUGUUUUAUGUUACUUGUGUAAGUAUGUCUUACAUAAGAAAAAUUCUGUAUGCAUUUUUAUAACACACUAUUA